AUGGAGGAAGAAAUUAGUGAAGAGUUUAUAACCCUAUGGAUGGAGAACAAAAUAAGUUUUUCAAAGUACAGCUUCAAGAGUUUAUGGAACAAAAGUUACAACCAGGUGGUACAAAAAUGGUUGCAUAAUGGGAGUAACAAGAUACUGUUUAUAUACCUGAUGGAGUGCGACGAGGAGACCAAGUUAAAUUUCUCCUUCGACUUUUCCAACGAAAUUAUAGAAGAAACAAUUGAUGAAUACAUUUUGUUCCUAAAAAUUCAUAGCAAAAAAAUAACACAAGACAAUAUAGAUAGCGUGGUACUAUACAAUAAGGUGAACUGCAAAAUGAAGGAAAACAUUUUAAAUUUAAUGGACAGAGUAUUUAUACCUAUGCUGGACAUGAAAAAUAGCUCCCCUAUAAACAUACAAAACGACUUCAACAUCACAACUAUCGAAUUUAUGACGUAUAUAACACAGUUAUUUUCAAAAAACAAAUUAAUUUAUUAUCCAAAAUUUUCAGUCGAGGAGAUGCAUUUGUUCUCUUCUGACAAGAAUUAUAUUCACUUGCUCGAAAAUUUAGUGGACCACUGGAUUAAUGACAUCCAAAAGUUGUUUAGCAAUAUCUACGACAAAGAAAUAAGCUACCUGACGCUGAGUGAGUAUAUUUCCGACGUAGAGAAGAAGCACGGCAUUUUAAAGGAUCUCUUGGAAGAACUCAACUUAGAUACAAUAAAUUACAUUUUAAGCGUCUUGGAGAAGAAUAACUGUGCGAAUAUAAAAACGUACAACGGGUUGAUGACACAGAUAAAGGAGAAGUGCGAAAAGCUGGAAGAGAAGCUGAAGGCGCUAAAACUACUGGAGGAACCCUUUACCAAUUUAAAUGACGAUGUCUCUAUCGACCAUGUUUACAACAUUUUGCCCAUGAUUGUAAAUAGGCUGAAACUAAUUUUUACCUUUUCGAAAUAUUACAAAGAUUCGGACCAGAUAAACAGCUUGAUAACGCUGCUAUUAAAUGAGUUCAUUAAGAAGCUGCAUAAUUAUAUCGACCUGUCUAAGAUGUACACUAGGGAGGUUAGACAAUUGUCCGAGACACUAGACGAGUGCAUCAACUUUGUGUUUUACUGGAACUACCUAAUGGAUGUGUCUUUUAACCGAUCGAACGAGGGGAACUCUCCCUUCGACUCUAUCAUUAGGCAGAUGAAUCUAUCCAAUAUAACAUCCUUCAAGCAGAAGUGCGCGGACUUGAAAGAAAUCUGCUUCGCAUGUGAGCAGUUCCUGUUUUGCGUGAAGGAGGAGGACAUAAGGACACUGAGUUACGAGCACUAUCACAUAAUCAAGAAAGGGUUCAAUGAUAUCGAAUCCACCUUCUUCAACGAGCUAAAUCGGAUAAGAAACCUACAGUACAACAUCCUUAGCAUAAAGAGUAACGAAUGGAGCAGCGAUUUUAAAAAGACAAAGGAAAUAAUAAAAGUGCUAGAAAGUAUAUUCAUCAACUUAAUUAAAAUAUCGUUCGAAAAUUCCAUCAACUUCGAAACAACCAUUUUUCUAUUUGACAAAUUCUACACCCUAGCGAUUACGGAAAAUAUAAAGUCGUUCAUGAAUAAGAAGGUGGUAGAUUUAUGGACCGAAUUUGUAAAAUAUGUAGACACGUAUUCCAAAUAUUUUGCCAAUUUUCUGGAGAACCCAUUCAACUAUUUCUCCUACAACAUUAGAUAUGAAUACCACUCCUCCUGUAUCAUGCUCGCCAAAAAUAUAAGCAUAAAGCUGCAUCGCACUUUCGACAAGCUCAACAAACUUUUUUACCUCCCAAAGGUUAGGGAACAAGAAGCUGCCUACGAAAAGUACUACGAUUUGCAGAAUUCAAUAAAUACAUACAUAAAACAGAUUAACAACAUUUGGAUAAAUGAGUUAAAAACAAUUGCGUCAAAGAAGAAUAACUCGCUGGUUAACACGUUGUUGGAUAAUUCCAUUCUGAUAAAGGUGAAGGAAAAAUAUCUGGAGAGCACAUACAACAUGGACAUAAGGAAAGUACUCUCCGAAGUGAACUUUUGGCUAAAGAUUAAAGACGAAAAAAUAUUCCUUCCUAACGUGAUUAUCGAAAUAUCCUUUCACGAGGAGAGGCUGAAAACGUGCAAGGAAUAUGUAAACAGACUCGUCCGAAAUUAUAACAACAUUUGCAUGAUGCUGAACAGUGAUCAGUAUAAAAUAUUCGAAUACGUCCUCAGGAACAUGUAUUGCAAUAUUGAGAACACCGUCUUUAAGUACAACUGGAAUAAAGACAACAUAAAGUUGAGUGUGCUUUUCAAUUUCCUGAAUGAAUGCAUCCACAUAAAGUCGAUCAUUGCCACGUUCAAGCGGAACGAUGAAAAAAUAAAAGAUAUACUCAACGAGAUAGAAAAAAUAUCCAUCAUUGCUAUUGAUGAUAAGAGAACCUACACACUGGAAGAAUUUGAAGAAGAUCAGAACAUCAACCUAGAAGGGAUAAGAAGCAUUUUACGAGAUAAACACACUAGCAUUGUUAAAAUUUUGAAAGAAAUUCUUCUUUAUAUUGAAAAAUAUUCUAACAAAAGCUUAAAUGCCUUUAAAAGCUACAUUGCGAAUAUUGAAAGGAACUACCUGGAAAAGUACUUCAUUUCGGUUAAGGUCUCUCUAUACAACUACUACAAAUUGCUGACUGAUAAAAUUAGCAACGACGCAGUGGAAAAUUACCCCUUAUUUAAAAUUUAUGUAACAUUGAAUAGUAAGAAGGAACUCGUUUAUGACUUUUCCCACCAGUCUGCCAAAAAUCUUACAGACGAAAUUUACAAAAAAGCGUCCGACAUAUUUUUUAGCUUCCCCAAAUUUAGUGUCGUCAUUUUUAAAAAUAGACAAAAACAGGUAAAGAAAAAAUUGGCCUUCGCGUUCAGCACUACAAAUGCGAAUGAUAAGGAUGUACAAAAUGAUGCCAAGGAAAGUCAACUUAAGAAAAACGAUAAUAAUAACCAGUGCAGCAAAUUGCUAAGCCAAAUUAACAACAUCUACGUGAACUUUAUGGAAAAACUGAAAGAAAAAAUAAAGUGGCUCAAGCACUACAAUUUGAAGCUCCUCAGUUUGAACGAAGACGACCUGCUGCACAACCUACACUCGGCUGAGGAUACCAUGACGUACGUCUAUAGCCAGAUAAACGUGUUCAGGAACUUGGAGGAAAAUAUAAAGCAGGACAUCGACAAGGAACGGGUCAACAAAAGGAUAUGCAAAAGAGGGAGUAACACAAGGGGUAGACCCCUCGAUGUGAUGCACUGCACAGCAGCACCCCAAAAUUUUGAAAUAAUCCUGUUCAUCGAAAUAAACCUGAGCACGCUGAAGAAAGAACUCCUAGCAGAUUUCAAAAAGUAUAAAGACCUAUUCCUGGAUUACAUAAGCGCAAAGUGCAAAAAGAAGCUAGAAGAGCUGUAUGCCUUCUUCAAACAAAACAGCAACAAUCUGCUCAAAACUGCAGUGGACAUAAACGACCUGAAAGAGCACAACUCCCUACUUGAACACUGCAGUAGGAACUACGCAACACAUAAAAAGGAGUUAGAAAUUUUAGAAGAAGACUACCUAAAACUGAUAGAAUUAAAAGGUGAAUUAAACGAAGAUGAGAUAAUGAAGUUGAAGACCUCUUCCAUCCUGUCCAACAAAUUUGAAGCGCUACUGAAGGAGAGUAGAACCAUGUAUCUGGACACUAAAGAAAAAAUGAAAAAUGAAAUUAAGAAUGCGUAUAACGAAUUUAACAAGCUAUGGCAAAAAAAGAAGUUAGUUUUUUAUAAAGAAAUGCCAAUAAGUAUUGACAACAACCCGAAUGAUGUUCUGGAAAUGAUCAGUUUUUAUGAGGACGAAUUGAAGAGCAUCAAGCAGAUGCAGAAAGGUCUCAAAAACAAAAUAAGCUUAUUCAACAUAGACGACGUGUGUGACGAACAAAUAAAUGACAUGGAGAUAGAUCUGAAUCACCUGAAGAGCAUAUGGAAGAUGAUCAAAUUUUGGCAAACCGUUUUCGACUUUGUUAAGAAUGUUAGUAUAUUCUUCCUGCACGAUAUAGUGAACGAUCUGCUUGUGCUCGUGAGGGAAUAUAAAAAGGAACACUUGAUCGACACGCUCGGGUUUAUACAGGAAGAGGAGGAAUCUGAAAGCGAUUUGGACAUUUCUCGAGAUGGACAGUUGGACAGGGAACCAGACCAAUUUGAGAGCAGCUACUCAGGCGGCUUCCACCCCGGUGGACACAAAAAGGAUGAGGCAAAUGCAGAGAAGGAAGAAUAUGGAAAGGGUAACGACAUAGUUACUCAGGAAGCGAAAAAUUUAAACAUAAAAUUCUUCCUGAAUCAGCUAAAAACGAACUUUCUGGAUGUCUUCGAGCAGUUCUUAAUAAACAUGAAAAGAAGGAACACCUGGGAGAUAUACAAAGAGUUAAAGAACAACGUUGGAAAGCUGAAAUUCUCACUAAUCCUUGUAGAAAUACUAACAAACGAGUGCAUGAAGUAUAGACACUUUAAAGAGAUAGAACUGAAGACAAAUGUCCAGUGGAACCUCAGCAACAUCACCCUACACGACAUCAUAGAACAGAAGUUAUAUAAAGAAAUAAAAUUUAUCACCAUCCUGUACAACAACGCAGAAAAAGAAAUGUUCAUAGAAAAUAACUUAAAAAAAAUUAUUAGCAAAUACGAAAAUAUGAAAUUGUCCAUACAGAACUGUAAAUCUUCCCUCCUGAUAGAAGAUACAGAAAAGAUUUUUAAUAACAUCAAUGAAGAUCUUUUCCUUCUUAAUAAUAUCAAAAUUUACAACUUUGAUAUAAAUUUUUUAAAAAAAACGGAAAAGUGGGAAGGAAUAUUAGGCAACCUCUAUGACAACCUAGAGAUUGUCUUCUUCAUUCAGAAAAAAAAUGAAUACUUAAAAUCUAUUUUGUCCUCCUCCGAUGAAAUGAAGCCACACCUGAUGAAGAUUUACGAGCAGUACAACUUGUGCAACCAGAGAUUUGUCAAAAUGGUCAGGAGCUUCCAAAAUGGGUACGUCCUGGAAAAGAUUAACAACUGUAACAAUGUGCGCACAUUUUUGCAAAUACAGAAACAGCUUAAUUUCAUAGAGAAAUCUUUGGAGAGUUAUUUGGAAAAGAAGAAAAGCUCCUUCCCGAGAUUUUACUUCCUAUCCAAUAAGGAAAUUUUAGAAAUACUCGGAAUAUACAAAAAUCCAAUGCUGUUGAAAAAAAAAAUACAGAAAAUAUUUUCCUCCAUUUAUUCUAUCGAAUUUGUGUCCUCCGAAAAAAAAACGCAUUUUCAAAAAAAUAACUCAAAGUGUAGUGUUGCCGUGAAUGAUUACAACAAAAGCAGCGUCAGCUUUAACUACAAAAGGGGGAAUCAUAAAAGUAACUCCAAUUUUAAUAAGGAUAAAUGUCAAAGGGACGACCUUGCAAACACAUAUGAGGAAGCCAUCCCCAAUGUAGACAACGCAGAUAAUAACUCCUAUUUUGACAUUUAUAUCUUUUCUCAAUACAAAGAAAAGAUAAAAUUGCACAACAAGAUGAAACUCAAUUAUGAAUCCUCUACAAUUAUUCUAAACAAGUUGGAGGAAAAUAUCUUCGAAACGUUGAAAAUCGAUUUGGUAAAUGUACAGCUAGAAUUGAAGGAAAAAAAUUUAAAGAACUGGAUUUUGAACAACCCUCAGCAGCUAGUUCUAGCCAGCAAGUGUAUCAAUUUUACGAACGAUUAUGAACACUUUCAAAUCCAGAUUAACAAAGGGUCACACAUUUUCGUAAAUCAAAUGAAGAAGCAAAACCAUAAGGAGCUCCUCUUCCUCACAGACUUGAUAAAAACAAUCAAGGAUAAAAAAAAUUACAUCAAAAUCAGCGCCUUGAUUAUUCUGGAAAGUUAUUACAAGGAUGUCGCAGAAAAAUUGAUCAAAAAUAAAAUAGAAUGUAAUGACAACUUUUUGUGGAUGUGCCAGCUGAAAUAUAUUUUGUCUGAGGAUGAAUAUGAUGAGAGUUCCCAUUUUCAGAAGAGCUUUUUAUCCAACGAUGUAGCGGAAAAGGCAGACUAUUUGCCUGCAGAGGAUGCUGUCAAAAAUGCAUACAAAAAGGGCAGCAGUAGACACGACCUAGGGGAGGAUUUGCCCAACGUUAAAGGUGCAACACAUAUCAGUGAAGAGGCAGGCUCAACAAUCAGUACAAAUGAGAGGAACAAGAGCAAAAUGCACCUCCCAGUGAGCAAACAUGUCAAUAGGAAAAGUGGAUCCACUGCGGCGGGAAAAUAUGCAAAACGGGAAAAGUUCAUUGAAAGUAAAGGUGACAGAAAAGUUGGCAAGCGCUCAAGUGUAAAUGGGAAUGGUACUGCAGAGGGAGGCGCUAAAGACGUUGGGGAAGCAGACCUCCUCGAGAAGGAGGAGGAGCAGCAGGACAAAGGAGAAAAUGACGCAGACGAGGAAAAAGACGAAUACGAAGAUGAAGUAAAAGAGGAAGUAAAAUCAAGCGCAAAUGGGGAAGUGAUGGAGGAGGGAAAGGAGAAGGAUGAGAACAUAGCAGAUGAUGAAGACGAAGCGGACGAAGGGGAGGAGGCAGACCAAAUGGACGAGAUAGACGAAGCCGACGCGGAAGUGGAGCAGAAGGAAUCUCCAGGGGAAGUUGCUAAAAUAUUACAAAAAGGUAUCCUUUCGAAGAGAAAUAAACCCGCAAAGGAUCACCUGGGUGAAACCCCCGACAACCUAACUGCGAAGGAUACCCUCAAGACGGAUAAUCUAAACGCAACUGAUCUAGCGAACAAAAAUAACAAGCAACUUAAGUACCUUAGAACGAUAAAUCUGAUGAUAAAUAAAUCCAUGACCUUAUAUUUACACUAUUUUAACAACAAGAGAAAAUACGCCUAUGAGUACCAAGGAAAUACAAACAGGCUAGUCAUCACCCCUUUAACGGAGAAGUGCUUCUAUUCCUGCUUGUUCUCCUUAGACAAUUUUUUUGUGAAUGCAAUAAAAGGCGAAACGGGUGUUGGAAAGAGUGAGACGAUCAAAGAUUUUAGCAGAAUUUUUGGGACGAAUAUCAUUUCCAUAAAUUGCAAUAAUAAUAAUACGUCCAAAUAUAUAGGGAAUAUUUUAUCAGGCAUUUUGCAGUCAGGAUUUUGGUGCUGUUUUGACGAAUUUAACAGAAUAGACGAAAGUGUAAUCGUUAUCGUGGUAGAACAAUUUAGGUGCAUCAAGCACAUCAUGCAGAAGUUCCACUUUGACAGUAACUGCGUGGACGAUCAGCAGGAAUAUAUGAAUUAUGAGGACAUAUCUUCUUACCACCAAAUGGCGAAAUGGAGGCCUACUAUUGGUGUAGACAAGCUCGGUAAUCACUUAUUGAAUACGCAUUGUAGUGAAACACAGGAAGAUUCAUCCACCCACGAGGGGAAGAAAGACGUUUCUCAAUUCGGCGUGAGGGUAAAUUCGAAGGAGGCGAAUUUUACAGCACCAGUGAUCAAAGCGGGUGGUGAUAAAUCAAGUGAGUGUGGCAAGUCCAGGGAUUUUUCCGAUGCACACAAAGGGGGGAACACCAACGGAAGCCUCCUCCCGGAUUGCCAUUCCCCACCAACCAGCGGACACGCCUUCUUCGAAGGGCAAAAUAUUAAGGUAAAGAAAAACUGCUCCAUCUACCUCACGUUGUGCAAAAAUAAUGACAACUGCUUGUAUUCGCUAGAAAAUUACAACAGCGUGAUUCAGGAAUUCUCCUUUAAGCCCCCGAACUUUCACCUGAUUUGCCAAUUUUCCCUAAUCUCCAUUGGAUUUAAAAACGCGAAAAAGUUGUCCAAAAAGAUUAACAUUUGCUACAGCCUACUGUAUGAGUUUCUGUCCAAACAGGAACAGUACAUAAUUGACUUGCGAGAAAUAAAGAAAUUUUUAAAUUUAGUGUCCGAAGAUUUUAUCUCAAAUAAUAAGAUUAAGAGUGAGGAGGAGAUUAUCUACGACGCCAUGGUGGAGGUAAACGAAUCCAAGUUGUUGAAGGACGAUCUGGACAUCUUUUACAAUUUUCUCAAGGAAUUAUUCCCACAGGUUAAAAAAAAAACAGAAAGGAACAAAAAUAAUGACCUGUCUGUGAAAAUUAUAACAGACAUUAUGAGCAACAUGGGGUAUACCAUAAACGACUACUACAUAAAUAGUAUUUUAAAAUUGCACAAAAUUAAAAAAACGAAUAAAGGAAUUGUCCUAGUGGGGAAGUCUUGCACAGGCAAAACGAGCAUAAUAAAUAUUUUCAAACAUUACUGCGAGAUUGCCAGAAAUGCGAAUGUUGUAAGAGGGGGCAACCUAAACUGGAUGGAGGAUGAUAACAAAGACGGGAAGUUCCUACACCAUGAGGGGAAGGUCAAGGAAGCCGGCCCCUACGACAAUGCUUAUGGCACCACCAACAAUGGUGAGAUAAAUCGCGCUAUAGAUGAUUUUGCCUAUAUGAACCAAAUAAAUAACGUCCCUUCGAAUGGUUCGUUGAAUAGUAAAGGGACGUAUGAAAGUUACAAUUUGCUUUACCCGGUCAACCUCUUCUCUAAUAAGUACAAAAAUCAGGGGAACGCAAACAUGAUGGGCAAAAAUAACAGCAACAAUGGUACCAGCCAGAGUACCGGCCACAGUAGCCUCAGCGGAAGUGUUAAAAGAUUGAGCAAAAUUAGCAGCGCAUAUUCUAUGCAGAGUAAAAAUUCGACAGGGGCACUACUCGAUUUUGCUAACAAGUAUAAAAAAAAUAUUCACACGAAUGAUUAUUCGAUAGAUAUAACUGUCUUUAACCCUAUGUCGACGGAUGUGAAGAAAUUGUAUGGAUACUACAACUCUGAAAAGGAGGUGUACGAAGAUGGCAUUCUUUCCCUAAUAAUGAAAAGGCUAUUCGAGAAUAAUAACAAUUUGAAUGAAAAGUGGUUAAUUCUGGAUGGACCUUUGGACAUCCUAACGACUGAACCGUUGCACUCCCUAUUGGAUGAAAACAAAGUGCUAACAUUAAUAAACGGAAAUAGAAUAAAAUUUGCAGAUAAUGUGUUCAUAUUUUUUGAAAUUGAAAAUUUAAAAAAUUGUGCUCCCUCUUUUAUAAGUCGGUCCAAAAUUGUCUACAUGAAUGAGGAAGAAUUUAACUACGAGUGGUUGAUUGAAAGUUACUUGCAGAGCAAUUUUCCCAACGUGGAGGAAAAAAACCUGGUACAGGGAUUUUUCAACAAAUAUAUAAAAAAAAUUAUGAAUGCUAAGAGGAAUAAAUAUAACCUAAUUAUCGACGUGAGUGACGCGAAUGUUAUCAUAUCUAUUUGUCAGCUGUACGACAUGCUGUGCAAUUUGUACGAUAAAAAUUUCCCAAAGAAUUUGAACCCCUCUUUAUGCCUAGAAAAAUUAUUUCUGCAAUCUAUUAUUUACACCUUCUCCAAUAUUUUAUGCCCAAAGAGUAAAAUGUCUUUGGACCUCCUAAUCAAAAGCAUAGACAACAGCUUCCCCCAUUUGCACACCAUUUUUGACUACAUAAUUAGUAAGAACAACUUUAACUGGGUGCUGUGGGAUGAGUUGAUCACCACGAAUCAUAAUUUCCUACCGAACGUGAAGGAGAAGUUCUUCUCCUACGAUAAUUACAACUUUUGCAAAAAUGAUAGCUCCAUGAAAUAUAUGAGCAUGAAUCAGCUCAGUGAAACAAUAAACCCCGAGACAGAUUUUAAUAAAUUCUUUCUCAGCAGCAAUUUGCACGUUAGCAAAAAUUUCAACAAGUACACCAUUAACUAUAACAACCUCUUCAGUGACAACCAUAAUAAGAAUACGCUAAACGCUUAUCAGACUUAUCACACCAAUUUUAUACACACAAAUGUGAACAACAUGAACGAUGCCAGCAUGCUGGACAAUUACCACAUGUUUAGCGACUAUUCUAAGGAUAACAUUUAUUCUAAUAAUAACUACCUCGAUUCGGACCUCUUCAACACGUACAGCAAAAAUAACAUGUCUAACAAUUAUUUCUCAGAUAAUAGCUUUUCAAAUAACAAUUUUUCCGACAAUUUGUUAUCCUAUAGAAAUAAUAAAAGAGAAAAAAAUAACUUCGGGAACGGGCAGCACGAGGAGGACUACAAUGUGCUCAAUGACAAUUUUAUCGAGAGCUAUAAUAAGUCUUCCCUGAAAGAUAUUUACAACCAGAAGGAUAAUCUUACCCAAAAUGGAACACAAAAAACGAAAGAAAAAUAUUUCCACCAAAAGUUCAAUGAUAAUAUAUUUAUAGAAAAUGUAGAAUCUUUGAGAAAAAAAAAUAUCAUCAACAUUUUAAUGUACAACAAAAAGAAUGUCCUCCUGAUUGGAAACAAAUUUAGCGGAAAAACGUUCUUCAUGAAAUAUAAUAUUUUGCCAUAUAUGAAGGAGGACAUUUCCAGUUAUUACACCUUCAUUUCGAAACUCUGCAAUUCAAGCAAGCUGGAAAAAAAAAUCGAAAUGAAUGUCGAAAAGAAGUGUAGAAAUAUAUAUAAACCGGUGGGCAACAAGAAGUGUCUCUACUUCAUCCUCGAUGACCUGAACAAUCUGCAAAAGUAUGACUCCUCUGGGUUGGACUACUUCUCCGAUGGUAACGUCAACUAUCAGGGCAGCACAAGGAAUGCCCUCUUCGACUUCAACAUCAACAGGAAGUGCAUUUCGAAGAAUAACAAUCUGAAUGGAGACAAUCCACAGGUGCAAAAGGGAAUGUCUACGAAUAACACAAGUGUGUUUGAGUUUUUGAACCAAUUCAUUGACUACAACAUGUACUACAAUAAGGACAACGGAUCUGUUAAAAAUGUGGAAAAUUUGUUCUUCUUCCUGAUAUAUGGAAAUAACAGAAAAUGUGCCUCCACCUUUAACAGGAAAUUGAUCAACCGACUACACGUGGUGCACCUGAACGAGAUGGAUGAAGCGUGCAUGAAAAAUACUUUCCACGUUUUCUUAAGACAUAAAUUUUCUAAUUUCCAUGAAGUGAUAAAAAAUUUGGCGGAACCCCUCUCCUCGUCAACUAUAAAACUCUUCUUCGACGCUGCCAAGUAUUUCAAAGCCAACUUAAAUUGCUACCACUACUUUUUCCACUUGAAGCAUAUAUUUAAAAUAAUGAAGGGAUUGUACCUUUCGGAGGCUCCCAUAUAUGAAGAGAAAGAGAGUGUACUCAGACUUUGGGUUAAUGAAUGCUUUCGCUCUGUUGGGGAUCAGCUAAUUUUAAAAAAUGAAAGGAAAAAGUUUAAAAGCAUUUUAAAAAAUAUACUACAUAAAAAAUUCUACGUGGUUUAUGAUUACCUCUUCCCGAAAAAGAAGACCUCCUAUUUCUGCUCCUACAAUUUUCACGAUACGAAAAAUGAGAACCCCUACUUCUUCUACCAGCCUGUGUCCAAUGAGAGUGUGCUCAUCGAAUUUUUCAGGGGAGUUGUAUCCUCUUACAACACUUUUGUUUUGUGCUCUUAUGAUAAGAAGAAGAAUGAGUACUUCAAAAAUAAUGAAGUAGACGUGGGUGAUGCCGGGAAGAAGGACACUCCUUCUCGUAGCGCGCAGAGGCCACCCCCCUCCAGGGAAAACAGCCUCUAUGAGAUAUUCCAACAUGUGGACGACUAUGCUGGGGGAAGUAACUAUGAAAAUGCGGAUAGAAAUGGUUUCACAGAUGGAGAGACAAAUGGCUUUCUGGACGCACAACCAAAUGACUUAGCGAAAGGCGAACCAAGUGAACACCCCAUGAACGCCUCUCUGGACAAGUCGCAAAAGAUGUCCCAAGAAAUAGCCGCACUUGUAAGCAAAAACGACAACGAUUUUAAUAAUAUUUGCACUCCCAUCAAUUUUAUACUCUUUAAAGAGGCCAUGAUAAAUAUAUGCAAAUUUUCCAGAAUCCUUCUUUUCGAAAAUGAGCACUUCAUAUCGAUUGGAGACAGCGGCCCGGGUAAAUUCACGUGCUGCCUCAUUGCGUGUUUUAUAUAUCAAAUAAAAGUUCAUGUAAUUAAGAAUUUUCACUAUGGGAAUGGAAAUGUUGGGAACUGGGGUGAUGAAGGUGGGUACAAUGGGAAGGAGCCCCCUGCAGUUGGCACUAUGAACAAUGAGGAGGGGAAAAGAAGCCACGUAAGCGAGGUGAACCGAGAAAACGGAAUUAAUGAGGCAUCGGGCGGAGGGGAAGCACAACUUGAAGGGGAAACUACCAAGGGAGACAAUCCACACGGGGAGUACAUCCCAGAAGAGAGACAAAACAAUAGGCAAAAUCAGACAAAUUAUGUUGUAACCCCCGUGGAAAGGAAUACACCCGUUGUGGACAAAGAGGAAGGGAACAAAUUUCACGCCAACCCGAUGAACGGAAGCAAAGGCGUGUCCAUAAUAGAAAAAAUAAAAUGUAAUUAUUUCAUAAAGAAAUUUAAAGAAGCCAUUUUCAACUGCUAUAAGAAGGAAAAAAGGUGCGUUCUCUACUAUCUGGACGAUAACAUGAGUGACGACAUUUUGGAAUUCCUCCACGAGCUCUACAACAACGUCAACAUAAUUAACAUAUUUAACAGUGAAGAAAUAGCGUACUUGAAAAACAUCUUCCUGCAGAAUGAGAUCGGUUUUAAAAACUUCGACACGCUAAGCGAAAUGGUGGAAGAACUGAUUAAGACAAAUUAUCACUACGUUUUAUUUACCACGCUGAAGAGUAGAAUGUUCAGAAAAAUAUCCAACGAAUAUAAUGUUAUCCUGAAGCAGUCCACAGUCAACUACUUCUCAUCAUGGAAAAAUGUGUCAUACAAUAUAAUUGCACAAGAGACGCUGAAAAGGUAUAACCUAAAUGUGGAUGUGUUUAGCAAGCUGCACAACACAGCAUUGAAAAUGUUCGAAUGUGUCCUACACCAUUUGGAGGAAAAACUAGACAAGGAGAAAAAAGAAAACAUUUUCUUCCUUAACGAGUUUGGUAAUCACACAAACUUUACCGAUUAUCAACAGUGUAAGAACGCAGGUGAGAAAAAUUUUGGUGCCCCCAAAAUGGAUGAACAGAAUAGAAGAUACGAAAAGAACUCCACGCUAACCAAGUCGAAAAAUGCUCUACUAGAGGAAAACAAACAAUCCAUGGAGAUUAAGAAUAGCCUCAAAAUGAACACCAAGGAAAGUUGCCAUAUGAACUCCAACCAAACGAAAAUCAUCAUGCAGAGUAAGAAGACAAUUACCGACGGUGCGGAAGAAAACGAUGCAGAUGGGGAAAAUAAAAAUGAGGAGGAGGCAGAAAAUAAUAUAAAAUAUAUUAGAAACUCCAAAAUUGUACAAGACAAACUGAACAUCCAAAAGUAUAUCAAUUUUAAACACUUUUUCAACUUUUUACAAUUUUUUGAAAAAUUGUAUAAAAAGAAAUUUGAAGAAACGAAUAACCAGGAGAAGAAAAUUAACAUAGCGCUGAACAAGUUGGCUGAGGCGAGGAACGAAAUUCAAGAAAUGCAAAUUCAGCUAAGUCUGCAAAAGGAAAACAUAUCCAAAAAGCAAACCGAAUGUACCCAACUUCUGAAAGAAAUAGAAGAAAAGAAACAAGAAUCUAAUGAGAAGAAGAAGAAAAUACAAGAAGAUAGCAUUCGAAUAUCGAGUGUCGAAAUAGAGACGCAAAAACUAGCAGAAGAUGCGAGGAAAGAUUUACAAAAUGCAAUUCCGGAACUUGAAGUUGCCACACAGUCGCUAGAACAGUUAGACAAGAAGAGCAUAUCAGAAGUAAAGGCAUAUACAAAACCACCCGACGUCGUUAUGCAAACUUUAUCUAUCGUUAUGAUUAUUUUGAAUAAAACCCCAAGUUGGGAACAAGCAAAAAUUGAACUGGGAGAUGCAAACUUUUUAAACAAAUUAAAAUCCUUCGAUAAAGAUUCCAUACCUGAUAAGACGCUUAAGAAGAUUGAAAAGUUUACCAAAAAUCCGAUCUACUCUCCGAAGGCUGUUAAGAAGGUUUCCUCUGCUACUGGUGCGCUGUGCAUGUGGGUUCACGCCUUAAAAAUGUAUGCACAAGUGUACAGGGAAGUUGCACCCAAGAGGCUACGCCUGAAGCUGGCUGAAGAGUUACUAAGCAAAAACAGAAAGGAACUCGAGUUAACCAUGGAACAGCUGAGCCAAAUUGAAAAAAAUUUACAACACCUGCAGGAACAACAUAAUGAAAGCACCAAAACGAGUGACGAACUGAGUAGAUCAUAUGAAGAAUCGUGCCAAAGGAUAGAAAAUGUAGAAAAAUUCUUCCUCAACUUAAUGGAUGAAAAAAACAGAUGGGAAAAAUACGUUAAAGAUAAUGAACGGGUUAGGAAGAGCAUAUAUGGAGAGUCAAUUCUGUCUUCCUUUUUUCUGGUUUACACUGGUUUGCUAAAUUAUGAAGAUCGGAAAUUUCUAAUAUAUGAUGCGUGCUACAAUUUGCUGAUUCGAAACCACAUUUUUGUCAACACCAAUUUUAACGUGGUCGAUUAUUUUAUUGAUCCUAUUCAGUCGCUAGAAUUUAGAACCAACUUUUUAUCUAACGAUAUAUACAUGAAGGAGAACUCCAUUUUAAUUAACAACAAUUUUGUUGCCACUCUGAUAGUGGAUCCUCACUACCAGGCUGCCAACUGGAUUAGGAGAAGUUACCUCAAUAAUGGAAAAUCUAUUGUCUUUUCUGAUUUUCAUUCUUCGGACAUAUUUUUUAAAAUAAUUCAUUGUAUGCAUACUGGAACGUCGUUACUGAUCAACUACAUCAAUGAGGACUUGGAGGACAUACUCCUUUUAACCAUUAAGAAAUACAAUAAGUUUAUCCUGGAUAGGGAGAACAGUUCCCUCUUGGAUGAGCGUCAAUGCCAAUCUGCAAACGAUUCGCUCAUUAGGGAGUACGCUAAGAGGAAGAAGCAGCUUCAGGACGAUUUUGAGGCAGGUCAAAAAGGCGGUGCGAACAACAGCGGGGGAGGCGCAGUAAGCACACUUGGACAAGUUGGCCCAAUUAAUGGUGUUAACUUAGCCAGCGGUUCAGGCGGAAUCGGCAGAAUGGCCUACGAGGAGAAGCUCUACCGAAUGAAGUUGCAGCUUCUUGAUGGAAUAAAGAUUCAUAGAAAUUUUAAGCUAUUCCUAGUGUCUAACAAAAACUGCUUCAGCCUGGAGUCCACCUUUUACACACUCACCACGGUCAUCGUAUUCAGUCUGAACAAAGAGUCCCUAGAUAAUAUUCUCCUAAAUGUGAUCAUUAUGAAUGAGGAGAAAAAUUUAGAAGAGGAAAACAAAGAGUGUCUCAUGCGUCUAAUCCGAGUAAAAAAAGAAAUCAUCAAAUUGGAAAACAACAUACUAGAACAUAUAACAAAAAGUGAAAAAAAAAUCACAGAAGAUGAUCAACUGAUUAAUAUUCUUCUACAGUCCAAGUCAGAAAUUGAUGAAAAAAAUGGACACCUAGAGGAAGUAAAUGAUACCAUUAGCAGAAUGAAUAUGAAUAAAAAUAUGUUUAAACCUCUAGCCAAAAAAGUAGCCAUUUUAUUUACCAUACUGAAUGAUUUGAAGUAUGUUAAUAAUUAUUAUCAAUUUUCUCUGGACCAUUUUAUUUCAUUUUUUACCUACUGUAUGAAAAUUUUCAAAAAAAAUAAAAAAAUUUCCUCUAGCUCUACAACGGAGAGGCAAGAAAUUCUGUUCAACCAUUACUUCUUUGAAUUUUUGAAGUAUACUAAAGUGUCCCUUGCUAGUAAGCACCACCUCUUUUUUGUCUUCUACUCCUUGUGCAAAAUUAUGAUUUUCGAAAAUAAAAUUUCUCAAGAAGAUUACGACUUCUUCACCUUUGGCAAUGAAUCGACUGCUGAACAAGUGCACACAAAAUAUCUGAAGAGACUCACCAGGGAGGAUAGCCAAAGGGGGAAGGGGGAUGACCACGCAGGUACACACGGGGGUAAAAAAAGGACUAAGCGCAGGGGCAAAAAGGCAGCCCACCGUGUGGUGCGUAAGUCCGCUGCAGGGGAAGACGCGUCCAAUUCGAACCAUUGUGCGGAGCAGCAGGUGGAGGAAGAUGACAAUGGUGACGAGGAAGAUGGAAGCGAUGCGGAAGAAGAAGAAGAAAACGAUAACGAUGUGGAGGAAAUGGACGAUGAGGAGGAAGAAGACGAUGCUGUUGAAGACGACGAUGACGAAGCGGAAGUACCAGAGGAUGACCAAAACUGCGACGAUUCGAACCGCGAAGGGGAAAACCCAGACGACGGUGAAUACAGCGAAACGGGAGAGCACGCCAAGAAAAGUGGACCCAAAAAAGAUGGAACGGAGGAGGGGAAGACGAAUCUGGAUGAGAAUAAAAAGAACAACAAUGAUGGCGAAAAAGACAAACUAAAGGGAAACACCAAAACGAUGAAUAAUAAAAGGAAAAAGCAAAGAAAAAAGAAAAAGUACAAUUCAAGUAGUAAAAUGCCAAAUGAUUAUCCAGAAGAGGAUCAUUUUAAUGAAUACUCAGAUCAUGAUGAUACGAACAGUAAUUGCGGAGGAGCAAAUGAGGAUAAUUUUGCAGAUGUGAUUAAUCCAGGAAAUGAUUGGAUAAGUGAAGAAAAAUGGAAAUAUUUACUACACAUCGAGAGGCUGAAAAACUUCGAAGGAUUUAUCAACUCCUUUGUUAAGUCUAUUAGAGAAUGGAGAAGGUGGUUCAAUUUUCUGGAAGUAGAAAAUUACGUACUUCCUGACGAAUGGGAAUUUAAUUUGAAUUCUUUCCAAAAAUUAAUUAUCAUAAAAAUUUUAAGACCAGACAGGUUAAAUAAAGCCAUAGAAAAUUUAGUGUACGCAAAUAUAUCGUACAACGAUAUUGAGGUAGACCAUAUGAACUUUGAAUUCAUUUUGAGACCCUCCAAUAGUAUUGACCCUUUGACUAUUAUUUACAAGAAUAAUUUUGACCCCUUCCAGUAUGUGUAUAAUUACGCUCUUGAAAAUAAUCAAAAGUUGAAAAAUUUAACAUUAACAAAUGAGAAUAUUCACUUUGUGUAUCACUACUUGAGGGAUGCCAUGGAGAAGGGACACAUCCUCUUCAUUUCUAAUUUGCACAACUCGCUUCAGAAUUUGCAUAAGCUAGCCAAAAUUAUCGAAAAUGUGCUAAGCAGCAGUUCUACGGGGGGUCUCACCCUCAGCAGCAGCUCCGAUGAAAUUGGCUCUGAUGCGAACACCGUUGGGGUUACCAAUACAGCUACUGAACAGCGGGAGGGAAGUCCCACAUUGGAGGAAACAGGAAGGGAUGAUACAGACGGGGAGGACCACCUGGAGAAUGUGCAAAUGGACCAGCUGUCCAAUUCGAAAGAAGUCGCUUCGUUGUCGUACAGUGCGCUGAUAGACGAGGAGUACGGAAGUGGCCUAAGUGGGAACACCCUGAUGGAAGACACCCCACUGUUGGAGCAAAGCUACCCCGGAAAGAUACGAGUGCAUCCAAAUUUCCGCCUAUUUUUAUCCUCCUUGCCGAGCGAGAAAUUCCCAACGGAAUUACUGCAGAAAAGUAUUAUCGUCAUUCUGGAAGAGCCGCCCAACAUAAAGAAGAGCAUAUCCAUUUUGUUCAAAGAGCAAUGGGAAUUGGAAGAAAAUAAAAAUAUCCAAUUAAACAAGUAUAAGAAGUUGUUACUGAGUUUGUUCUGGUUUCAUUCCAUCCUUAACAAUAGGAAGAAGUUUUACAAUUUAGGAUGGAACAGCGAGAAUUAUUUUUUCAACAACAAGGAUAUCAUGCUAAGUAAGUACAUCUCGCAAAUAUUUUUCAACAAAAAUAUUAAAGAAAUUUACUGGCCUUAUUUCCACUACUACAUUUGUGACAUUAUCUAUGGGUCCAAAAUUAAUGACUCCUUUGAUAAGGAGCUCCUAAAUAUAUAUGCAAAUGAAUUUUUCAACAACAAUAUAUUUAAGGGGAAAUAUAUAUUUUCCAGCUGUCCAAAUUAUUACCUACCCAACGAUGUGACGAAUGAAAAAGUGCUGAAUAAUUACUUGAAAGAAAUUCCACAUAAUGAUAGCGUAGAGAUAUUUGGACAGAAGACAUGUGCUGAAAUUCCUUUCAAUACGAUAGCUUCUGAGGGAAUUGUUUCUCUUUUUUUUCACGUGAAUUCAUUGCACCGGAAUCAGUACCAUUUCCAUAAUGCGAGGUCGAACCAUGUUAAUGAGAAGGAGGUGUAUUCCUUUACGAAGAUGCUUCUGCAGGGCAUGCCGCACGAGAUCUAUGUGGACGAGUUGAUGAAGAAGCAGUGCAUGCAGGAGCAGUACGUUUACACUAACCUAAUGUGUCAGGAAAUUUACAAGCACAACUUGGUUCUGCGUAGGGUUCGAAAAUCGAUAGGGAAGGUCCAGUGUGCGCUGAAAGGAGAAACUGUGAUAAACAAACAAAUUUACAAAACCAUCAGAUACCUUAGCGACGGCUUAGUGCCAAACUCCUGGAAGACAUUUUACAUAUCGAAAAAAAGUCUACUUCCCUUUUUUGAAGAUUUAAAUGAAAGAGUAAACCAGCUAAACGAGUGGAGCAUUAAUGGGACACUGGCAGUUCACUGGCUCGGGGGAUUUUGUAACCCCAGAAGUAUCCUAAAAUAUAUUUUAUAUGAAUAUUCCAAGAAGAAUGACAUCAGCCAUGAUUUAAUCACGUUCGAAUUUACUUCGAUAAACAAGUCUGAUGAAAUUAAGCUAAAGAGUACAAGUAUUGAGGAGGGAAUUUACAUAAAGAAGCUAAUUCUGCAGGGCGCUAAAUGGGAUUUCAUCAGCCAGACGUUAAUGGAAACGGACAAUAACAAUUUGUACUUUAUCAUUCCGACUGUGUAUCUCAAAGUUGUAUUAAAAAAAAAAAGCAAAGAGGACAAUGACAUUUAUUACUGCCCCCUUUAUAUGUGUCAAGAGAAGAACGUCGUGGAUAUUAGGGAGAAUUACCUGAUGAAGGUUGGACUGCGAACAGGAUCGAAGAACCCAUCCGAGUGGGGCAAGUUGGGCGUGCGCUUGUUUUUAACGAACGAGUGUUAA